AUGGAUUGCCGUGUUUCUAUGUCGGAGGAAGAUACAUCUCACUUGCUCUCCUGGACUGGCUCCUCUCAUGUAUUUGCCUCCGACUCUUUACCCUCGACACCACUUCCUUCAAGUGUGGCGACGUGCCCUGCCGAUCCGCCCACAGCCUCCUCGGACAGCAUUGCGCGAUGCAUGGCGCAACGCUACGGACUCGCGAUGGAGCUGUACAAAUCCGAGAAGGCCUAUGUCCAUGGCCUAUGCAUCCUUGACUCUUAUUAUUAUACCCCGCUUCUGGCGUCUCUCCAGGAUCCCACGCCGAUCGUCUCUCGUCGUGUACUGAACCGUAUCUUUUCUAACUUCUGCGAUAUAUUGCAGCUGAGCAAAGAGCUACUGCUACGCCUGGAAGAACGGCUGGGGGAUGCGAAGGCGUCUGCGGCUGUGCACGUCGACGGUGUCGCCAUCUCGACGUGGGAUCCACUUCAUGAUACGAUCGGCGACUUGCUUGUCCCGGUGGCCCCGUUUCUCAAGAUGUACUCCCUCUUUAUGCAAAACUUUUCUCAUGCCAUGUCCUGUAUUGAAUCUGAACAACGAACUAACGAACGCUUCCGUCAAUUUCUUACUCAUGCCAAUCACCAUACUCGCUCGCUGCAUCAGCGCGCUAUGAAGCUCGGACUGGAGGCACAGCUCCUUACGUUGGUCCAGCGUGUCCCGCGAUACAAGCUGCUACUGCGUGGCCUGCUUCAAAACACACCUACAUGGCACCCUGACUACACAUACUUACGUGAAUCGUACCAAGUGGUCGACGAUACGGCGUCGUACAUCAACGAACAUAUCCGGCAGCAUGAAUUGGCCCUCACGGCCCUGGAACUGCAGCGUACGUUGCUUGGCCUGGACGAGCCCCUGGUCGUGCCGGGGCGUCGGCUUGUCAAGUACGGCAUGCUGCUCAAGUCGACACGCAAAGACAUCCAGCCUCACUGGUGCUAUUUGUUUUCAGACUGUCUGCUUGUGACACGUGCCAAGGCAGAUCCCAUGAGCAUGUCUGAUGGCUCAGAGUCCCAGCGCUCAUCGAGUGAGCUGGGGUGCUCGCCUGGUAGUGAGUCCAGUUGGCUGGCCAACCUAAGCAGCAAUGAGACGUCGACGACGUUGCCUGUGCUCUCGCGUUCGUCGUCUUCGUUCAUGACAGGCAUGUUGGUCUACGUCACCCACAAGCUGCAUCUGAACGAUAUCACUGUCGUUGCGCACGACGAAGUCGGCGUCGCAGGCGACGGUAUGCCGAUUUCUCACAGCUUGCCGAAUCUAUCGUCGUCCUCGGCUAUGGAACGUACGACGUCAACACUGAAGCACAAAUUUGAGAUCCUAUCGCCUCAGUGCAGUUUUUUCUUGUAUGCGUCGACACGUGCGUCGAAGCAGAGCUGGGUCUCGACGAUUCGCGAGACGCAGGACGAGCACCGUGCGACGUUGCCUUCCCUCCGUCAGAGUUUCGAGGCUGCCGAGCGUUCGUGGGACGAGGCUGGUGACCUUGGCCUUCCCGUUUCUACAUCCUUGUCGUCCCUUAGCUCCUCGGUCUCGACAACCAGCACCAUGACCACGAGCACUACCAUGCCACCUCGCCCGGCCCUUCCGCCGCGCUUGUCGUCGCUGUUUGUGCGGCCAUCGACCGUGCCGAUUCUAGAAAACUAUGUCGCGCCUGUCUGGGUACCCGACAGUCUAGCGACACGGUGCACACGCUGUGCCCAUCCUUUCACGAUGUGGCGCCGAAAGCACCAUUGCCGGCUGUGUGGUCGUGUCUUCUGUGCGUCGUGUAGUAGCUGCUUGUUUGUGAUUCGCGCGUCGGUCACGACGCCCAGCAGCGAUGUACGUGCCCGGGCCUGCCAAGCGUGCUUCCUAUCGACGUUCGUCUCGACGCGACCACGUCACGUAGCCCGUCGGUCGAUGGAGAACCACGUCACGACCGCCAUCCAUGUCCCGGCGGCGACGCCGGCCAAAGGCCGUGAGCGGACCUCGUCCACGACGUCCUCCGCGCUGGCCACGGAGCCGAGGCGGCCUGUGCUGCACCCCAUCCCGGAUGUGCCUGCCUCGCAGCACAUGCCUACCUCCUUGUCGUCGCCAGCUGCGACGUCUACAUCGACGACACUGCCGACGCUUUCUGACAUGACGACCGCCACGACCUCACCCGCGCCGGCUGAGCCGGAAGUACCUCGGCGCGUCCGCAGGGGCCACAUACGUCGCUGGUCGAUUGUGAGCCAACCUGCGGGCGAAAUACCCAGCACACCACGUAUGCAAGUGGAGACUACAUCGGUCGGCGCAGGCACCUUGGAGCAGCAUGUGUCGCAUUUCGGCCCUGCCUCGGCGUGGGCUCACGAUCCCAGAGAGGCAAAGAGUCUGCGUCCUUCCCGCGCGGUACAUACCAAGCGAUCGACCGAGUCGCUUCGUAGCAUUUCCCAAGCGACUGUGUGGCUCCAGUCGAUGUUGGGCCGUAGCGGUGCUACUACAUAG